GGCUCAGGCUGGCCGUGUCUCUGCAGUACCUGGAGUCCGUGCACCCCCUGCUGGAGGAGGAGAAGUACCGCGAGAUGGAAGUCCUGGCCCAAGCCUUCCAGCAGCACACAGCCCCCAGGCUGCAGAAGUACCUGGUCCUCAAAUCUUGGUGGGCAACCAACUAUGUGAGCGACUGGUGGGAGGAGUACGUCUACCUGCGCGGACGAGGCCCCAUCAUGGUCAACAGCAACUACUACGCCAUGGAUUUCCUGUACGUGACGCCCACCCCCCUGCAGGCAGCUCGAGCCGGCAACACCGUGCACUCCAUCCUGCUCUAUCGGCGGAAGCUGGACCGCGAGGAGAUCCCCCCGGUGAUGGCGCUCGGCAUCGUGCCAAUGUGCUCCUUCCAGAUGGAGAGAAUGUUCAACACCACCCGCAUCCCCGGGACGGAGUCGGACACCCUGCAGCACCUGUCGGACAGCAAGCACCUGGCCGUCUACCACAAGGGCCGCUUCUACAGGCUGUGGCUGUACCAGGGCGGGAGGCUGCUGAAGCCGCGGGACCUGGAGCUGCAGUUCCAGAGGAUACUGGACGACCCGUCGCCCCCGCAGCCUGGGGAGGAGAAGCUGGCAGCACUCACUGCUGGAGAAAGGGUCCCGUGGGCCGAGGCCCGGGCCAGGUUCUUCAGCCAAGGGAAGAACAAGGUGUCUCUGGACGCCAUCGAGCGGGCUGCCUUCUUCCUGGCGCUGGACGAGGAGGCGCACGGGUACGAGCGGGGCAGGGAGGAUAGCAUGGACCGCUACGCCAAGUCCCUGCUGCAUGGCCGCUGCUACGACAGGUGGUUCGACAAAUCCUUCACCCUGGUCGUGUAUAAGAACGGCAAAGUGGGCACCAACGCGGAGCACUCGUGGGCCGACGCGCCCAUCAUGGGGCAUCUCUGGGAGUUCAUGCUGGGGACAGACAAAUUCCACUUGGGCUACAGCGAGGGGGGGCAUUGCUGUGGGGAGCCCAGCACAGCCAUGGCCCCUCCCCAGAGGCUGCAGUGGGACUUUCCGGAGGAGUGCAGGAAGGUGAUCGACAGCUCCUACCGUGUGGCCAAGGCACUGGCAGACGAUGUGGAUUUCCACUGUUUCCAAUUCUCCAAUUUUGGGAAGGGCCUGAUCAAGCUAUUCAAGAUCAGCCCCGACGCCUUCAUCCAGAUCUCGCUGCAGCUAGCUCACUUCCGGGACAAGGGCAGCUUCUGUCUCACCUACGAGGCGUCCAUGACGCGUCUCUUCCGGGAGGGCAGAACUGAGACGGUGAGAUCCUGCACCAGGGAGUCCACGGCGUUCGUGCGGAGCAUGAUGGACCCGGACCGGGGCCAGCUGGAGCGUCGACAGCUCUUCCAGGCGGCGGCAGAGAAGCACCAGCACAUGUACCGCCUGGCCAUGACGGGCGCCGGCAUUGACCGACACCUCUUCUGCCUCUAUGUGCUCUCCAGGACUCCAGACGGUUCGGGAGGAACAUCCGCCAGGCCAUGCUGGACAUCGCAGACCUCUUCAACGUUCCUGCCAACAAGGUGGCCAACUGACCCCGCGCCAUGGGAGGAGCGACGGCCCCUGUGCCGGAGACGCAUGAGGCUGGCCCCAGGGCGGAGGGCUUGGCCCCAGAACACCGGGCGAGCUGCUGGGGCUGCCCCUCCGGUGCCAGCGCUCGCCCUGCGGUGGGUCCCUGCCAGUCAGAGCCCGCCCAGCCAGCCACGGGGACCUGGGGACGCACAAAGCCGUGGGAGCGGGUGCGGGAGAUUUCCUCCCUCAAUGUUACCGAUAAAGAAGGCUCUUUGUGUAAUGCCAACCUGGCUGCCGGGUGAUGGACUCCGCCCGGAACUGGGGGGGACAGACAGAGGGAAGCUCCUGGGGAAAGGUGAUCAGCACCCCGGAAAUAGGGCCCAGGGAGGUACAGGACUGGCCCACGUCACACGGGAAAUCCAUGGCAGCCACGGAUACAGAACCCACAUCCCCUGAAAGCCAGGCCAGGCGCCUGCCUGAACGGCUCCUCCGAGGGAGCGGGGCUGGCACCAGGCAGGGGGAGAAAUGGAGACGAGCACAUUGAGACGCACGGAACAGCCUGCUGCAGAGAGUUUAUUAUCAGCCCAGGACACCACGAUCGCCGAGGAGACAAGGGGUGGGGUGCGGCAAGCGAGACUGACCCAGAGACCCCGGGGGAGAAGGGUCUUUGCAGCUGGGGCCAUGGGCGCUGCUGUCCUGGGGGAUCAGGGGAUGGCCCCUCCAUGCACUCACGUGGCCGGGAUGUGGCUGUAACACCGUGGCUGCCCCCUGCCCACGGUGCAGAGCCCCCUGCCGCUCAGCCCGGUCACUCCCCCGGCUGGCGUUGGUACUUGCAGAUGAAGGAGUUUUCAAAGUCACAGGGCUUAGCCUUCCACUUCAGGAAACCUGCAAGGAAAACAAGUGACCCGGGAGUGGGGCAGGCUGGGCCAUUGCUGUACAUACAGUGGCCUCUCUCCCUGCCUGUCCCGUGCCCCUCGGAGAAGAUCCCAGCUCCUGCGUGGCCCCGAGGAAGAGGAGGGUGGGAUGGAGCCCUGAGCGCCCCAGUCUGAGACAGGCCCAGAGAGACGCUGUGGCCCAGAUUGGCCGUAUCGGCUGAGGGCUGGACACUGGAGCCGAGUUAAUGGGAAAGCCAGUGUUGGAGACGAGAUCCCAACCCCAGAUCGGUUGUCAAAGGGUCGCAAAUCCCUGAGAGGAACCAACAACUCAGGGAGGCUGAACCAGCCUCAUUCAUGGUUGACAGGUUUUGUGCAGCACCAGGGGAUGUUUAUGCAUUAUUUCAUGAUCUAAUUGGCCUAGAUGCAGCAUGUAGAUGUGGGUAGUUUGGCUAUGGGCUGGUGUAAUUGUGCCCCCAGUAAUAUGUACAUUUCCAGCAAAACCCCUCAUACACAGUGCACCCAAUUGUCCACCCCUUGCCAUAGGCCAUUGAUCCUGCUUCUCCAGUCAUAGGAGAGGGGCACAUCCAGACAUCUUCUCUGGAUUUACACCAUUUUACACACCCCUCCAUUGAUUCCCAGUGAGCUCCUCCCCUUCUCGUUAUUCCCAUAGGGCUUGUGGGGCCCACCUUAGUUGCCGUUCCAUUUCCAGGUACCGUGGUAGCUAUUCCACAGGUGCUGGCCUCCUAGCUGAGCAUUUUGCAUUCCUGUACAUCCCCCACCCACGUCAUGCUAGCAACAAGACAAACACCACAGACAAACACAAAACCUAGAUUCAUGGUAUUCUGGGUUAUUUUUCCGCUGGCGCCAGCAUGCUUGUAGAGUGUCUGAAAAACAAAAGAAACAAUUUCCACCCCCCUGGUGGGGACAGAUUAUUGCUUAAUAACAACAAUUCCUUUUACAAAUUUCCUUGCUAAUUGCAAGAAAAACAGAAGAAUUACCUCCAGGCGGUCCUUAUUUUGUUCUAUAGUCAGGCUAGUGAAUUACCCCACUCACUGGUCAUUUAUGAGGUGGUGUGCCUCAGUUUCCCCGCUUGUACAACAGACCAGGUUUUCAUAGUUUCUUUGCUGUACCAAGCUUUAAGUUUAUUCUCAGGUAAUAGCUGAGAGACAGCUUCAGAUUUCUGCUCUAUGCACAACCCCCCCCCCUUUAGGGUUAACCUGUCCCCCUUAUUUUCAGGCUUGACUUGUUUUUUCACCUCCCUUUCCUGGAGGGCCAUAAAUUGAGUCUUCUAGUAGCUUGUUUGCUGACGGGAUGUAUUCAUUAUUUGCAGAUUCUUUGUGCUGCUACUUAUGGGCAGUUUCCUCCUUUCCCCAUCAACUAGGUAAUUUGCAUUUACACAGAGGCUUUCUUGGCUCGCCUCUGGAUCCAACACUUUCAGCAGCUCAGAGACUGUCUUAAAAGGGACACAUUCCACUUCCACCAGAGUUCUCAUUACUUGUCACUUUCAUCUCCUGCUCCAAAACGCACAGGGUUCUGAAAAAGAAAGCACAAUCUUCUAUGGCUCCUUUUGGAGCCCUAAUAGGAUUUUAAUUAAGUACCAUGUUUUGUUUGCAUUUUUUUUUACCCCUUUUCCAAUAUACACUGCACAUGUCCUGGGAAAUAGCUUAACCUCCAUAAGAUUAUAUUAGCCAUAUUAAGUUUACACAAGGUGUAACUGCCUCCCCCGUGCCCACAGAGUUUUCAUGCACCCCCAAAGCGACAGUCCGAUCCCCCAGAGCCACCCCAAGGCUCAGUGUCCCCAUCAUUGCUCCCCUUUUCCUUUUCUUUUUCCUGUGCACACACAAAACUAUCUUUUGCCUAACAUCCCUUGCACUGUGACUACUUUUUUUUUUUUUUACACACAACUGUACCCUGAUUACACUCCCAUCUUGUACAACCAGAGACAGCCAGGGGCAGUCAAGUUAAGUUCCAAUAGAAACCCCUGACAUUCCUUUAGUGAUUUUGAUCACAUUACCCAAUAGUUAAAUCAUUUUGAUUAGAUUAUUCCUCCGCCUGCUGCCUGCAGCAGUCCCCUAUAGACCAUUUCUGUGGGAAAAGGGCCCAUUUCCCCUCAGAAUAGCUGUAAAGGCUUCUGGGGACAGAAGCAUCGUGGUGGUAGUGGCCACUCUUCCUGACCCCCUGGUAUAAUUCAAUUACCAAGCUUCCAUCCAAUGUGACUGCACAGAAAUGCAACUGAGUUUGAUUAUUAAACCAAAAACUUGUUUCUUGUAACACCACAACUGUUACCUGUACCAUUUUCACAACUCCCAAAGGUUUACUUUCCUCCAAACCCUGUAUUAUCACUUUUUGCAAAAGGUAUUUGUAACUUUUCACUUCUUUAAAUCUCUUACUCCUACAGUUCGUUUUUGAAGGUCGUGUGGUUUGUCUUUAGCAACUCAGCCGCCGAGUACAAUUAUUACCACACAGCCGCCUUAACCUGUGCUGUCUUUACCUUGAGACUGUUCAAAGGGCAGUAAAACAUUUGUCUCCA